CCUCCCCCCUCCCCCCCCCACUUCCCCAACAGGUGUUUAUAGUCCUGGGUGCCUGUUUCUGCUACGUGGCACUGGCCAUCUGCGCUGCCUGGCCCAACCCCGCUAUACCGGAUCUGCUGAGGCACAACACCACCAUCUAUGGCACUCCGAUGACCUUCACCAGCUGGCAGUUGGAUAUGCUAGGCAGCAUGGUGUCCCUGGGUAACAUUCCUGGCACUUGGCUCUGGGGAUUUCUCGUCGCUGCCUUUGGUCGAAAAAGGGCCAUUAUGCUGCUGGUAGUGCCAUAUACCCUAGGCUGGUGUUUGGUGGCACUGGCAGUCAACCCCGCGAUGCUUUUGGCUGGCAGGGUGGUGCACGGCCUCUGCAUCGGCGCCACCUUCAUCGCCGGCAGCACCUACAUCAUCGAGCUCCCCGACACGGCCGUCCGCGGUGCCGUGGCCGCCCUCCCGAGCCUCAUCCUCAGCACGGGCUUCAUCCUCACGACGGGGCUGGGGCUGGUGCUCCGCUGGUACGAGAUUGCGAUCGUGGGUGUGGCCAUCAUCGUGGCCCAGACGUGCGUCAUGAGCUUCCUGCCGGAGAGCCCCUCCUACCUGGCCAUCUCCGGCCGCGAGGAGGAGGCCAUGCGCGUCCUGCGGGAUCUCCGAGGCCCCUCCGCCGACGUCGGGGAGCUGCUGAGGAUCCUGAAGGAGUCGAACAAGGCCUCGACGAAGGAGCCCCUGCACAAGGUCGUGAGGAACCCGGCCAUCUUGAAGGCCCUGGCGACGGUGCUGACGCUCUUCUUCGUCCAGAACUUCUGCGGGCUCAUGGUCUUCUACGUGAACAUGACGCGCAUCUUCAUCGAGGCGGGGUCGACGCUGGACGAGAGCGUGGCCACCAUCCUCGUGUUCCUCGUGCAGUCCGUCGGCACCGCCUUCGCCUGCCUCUACCUGGACCGGUUCGGGCGCCGCACCUGCCUCAUGUGCUCGCUGGCCGUCAUGACCGUCUGCCUGCUGGCCAUGGGCGCGUACCACUUCCUUAGCGGAAUCGAAGGCAGAGAGAGCUACACGUGGGUGCCCCUCGUGUGUCUUAUGGUGUACAUGUUCGCCUCGAGCUCGGGCACGGGACCCAUACCCUCUAUUCUCAACUCAGAGUACUACCCAACGGCUGUCAGGUCGCAGCUGUCCGGCCUGUGCAUGGGCUUGGGGAGCACCAUGAACUUCGCUGUCCUGCAGCUGUAUUCGCCCCUGGUGAGCGCCCUCACCAGCGCCGGCCUCUUCUGGUUCUACGCCGGCGUCUCCUUCUUCGGGAUCGUCUUCACCGCGGCGUGCGUGAGGGAGACGAAGGGGAGGGCCGUCGGCUGAUUUUUUUUUUUUUUUUUUUUUUUUUUUUUUUGAUG